CCUCCGUACGCAUGUGUAACAGCGGCGCGUGUCCGGGUUGGAGAGUUCGGAUCUGAGAUUUAGGAAGUGGACUGGAAGUUUAGAGCCGGGGCAGGAAAGGUCCAGGUUACUGUCUGACGCGGCGCAACACUGCGGGAAUAAUGCUGUCCUGUCGGGAGGAAAGCUGGACGUGUCAGCCUGGAGGUCUCUGAAGGACCUGAGCUCUGAUUGUGGUUAGCUUUACCACUGACUCCAGUAGGAAUGUCCUACUGGUCUGUUGGCGUUUCCAGAGAAACUGGAGGGCCUCCCAGCAACAUGGAGCAAAGAAACAGCAGGGGGGAGGAAAUGGGAACCAAGGCUUCUCUGGUGGAGGCCACUGGUCCCAACUCCAGAACGGCUCCUCCUUCAACCCUGGAGAACAUCAAGGCAUCAUAUGAAGGCGGGGAUGAGGAGACUGCCAGGGAGUUGAUUCAGCAGGCCUGUUGUGUGGAGUGUUCCGGGGGGAUCCAUCCUGACGGAGUCCGCCUCCUGUCUGUGGCCACUCAGCACUGUGAUCUAGUGAGUGUGUGUUACCUUCUGAAGGAAGCCCGUAUCACUGUGCCCCAGGAACUGUCGCUGUCCAAUCCAGCCGUCCUGGCAGCACAUGGUGGCUACACCAACCUGCUCAAAGAACUGCUGGAUUCUAUACCUGGUGUGAGUCUGAAGAGAGAUCUGGUGAACUGCCUGCUGGCCACAGCCUGUCAGCAGGGUCAUCUGGAUGUGGUGCGUCUGCUGGUCCACAGCUAUAAUGCAGAUGUGAAGGACUUUGCUAUCCACAGCGAUGAGUUCGCUGUCCUCUGUGGACUGCCGCUGUAUGCAGCUGCACAAGCCAGUAAUGAGGAGAUUGCUCACUUCCUGCUAGAAAAUGGUGCUGAAUUUUCAUCCUACACCCUGAUGGACUAUCCGGAUUUCAGCAAACGCCUCCUGAGACAGAAACUUGACGAAACGUCUGGUGCAAAUGGAGUGGAGAGUGUCCGUGUGUACUGGAGCGGCUUGCAGUUACCAUAUUUGGAUCUGAACUGGUUCAUGGACGUCUGCUCCCAAAUCACCCACCUGGACCUGUCUUCCAACAGCCUGGAUGCUCUGCCCUCGGUGGUCCCCUGGGGCCUCAUCCAUCUCAGAACUCUGGAUCUGUCUAACAACGCUCUUAAAGAGCUGCCAUUUGCUCAGAACUCCCAGAAUGUCAUCUGCUCCAGGUUACAGAUGGUGAAUAUAUCUCAGAACCAGCUGAAGAGUUUACCAACUGGACUUCUCCAUCUGGUCCACCUGCAGAAACUCUGUGCUGCCGAUAACCAGCUCAACACACUGUUUGACAUCCCUGCCUCUGUGAACUGGAUUGGUCUGCGAAAGCUGGAGGGACUGGAUGUGUCUAGUAACUGUCUAACCAGCCUGCUCACUUCAGUUAUGCACUCUUUAAAGUCCCUGCGCUGCCUUGAUGUGAGCAGAAACAAACUGAAUGCUUUCCCUGACCCCUGGGCCUGCCCACUGAAUCAAUGCAAAGCUUCUUCCAAUCAGAUUGAGAAUCUUCCAAACACCAUAUCCAUCUUCUGGAGGACUCAGCUGCAGGAGGUGGACUUCUCUGACAACUGCCUCAAAGAGCUUCCUUCCUACAUCUUUGAACUAGAGGCCAUCGUCUCAUUAAAGCUGUGUGGGAAUCUAAUUGAAACGCUCCCUUCUGCUAAUAAAUGGAAGUGCUCGAAGCUCAAGACUCUGGAUCUGUCCAGGAACCAGCUUGGCAGACAUUCCACUUGUCUGGGGUACAGGCUGCUGCUGUAUCUUAAUCAAUGCAAAGCUUCUUCCAAUCAGAUUGAGAAUCUUCCAAACACCAUAUCCAUCUUCUGGAGGACUCAGCUGCAGGAGGUGGACUUCUCUGACAACUGCCUCAAAGAGCUUCCUUCCUACAUCUUUGAACUAGAGGCCAUCGUCUCAUUAAAGCUGUGUGGGAAUCUAAUUGAAACGCUCCCUUCUGCUAAUAAAUGGAAGUGCUCGAAGCUCAAGACUCUGGAUCUGUCCAGGAACCAGCUUGGCAGAACCGAAGAAGGGCCUAAGUCCAGGAGGCUAGCCUUCCUGACAACAUGGAACAGAAGAGAUCCGGACCCAGUUUGUCCCAUUGAGUUUCCCAGUGUUCUGCGAGAUUCCUUGGAAGUGUUGAUCCUGAAUGAUAACCAACUGGAAUGUGUUCCCCAGUCACUAUGUGCUCUACACAACCUUACUGAGCUGUAUCUCUCUAAUAAUCCUGGAAUCCGAGAACUACCAGCAGAACUGGGACAACUUUCCAACCUAUGGCAGCUGGACAUUGAAAACCUCAACAUCAACAAUAUUCCACAGGCAGUAAAAGAUGAAGGCGCCAACUCUGUCCUGGCGUUCCUCCGGGCGCAGCUUCGAAAAGCAGAGCCCUGCAGGCUGCUGAAGAUGCUGGUGGUCGGUCCACCCAGGCAGGGGAAGUCGGCCCUGGUGGAGGCUCUGCUGACGGGCAAGGCGUCUCCCUUCACCCCCUCAGAAUGCAGUAUCUCCACCUUCAGCUGGGAGCUGGAAAAACCCAAUGCAGGCAAAAAUAAUAAGGAGUCAGUCAUAUUCCAUGUGUGGGAUAUUGGUGGUCCGGCCAGCAUGACCACAGUCAACCAGUGUUUCUUCACUGAUAAGUCCCUGUACGUGGUUAUCUGGAACCUGGCUCUGGGAGAAGAGGCUGUAGCCAACCUGCAGACAUGGCUUCUCAACAUAGAGGCACGAGCGCCCAACUCUUCUGUGAUAGUUGUAGGAACCCAUUUGGACCUCAUUGACACUAAGUUCCGCACAGAGAGGCUGGCAACACUGCGAGCUUAUGUUCUGGCUCUGUGCCGAUCACCGUCUGGAUCGCGGGCCGCUGGUUACCCUGACGUCACCGUCAAACACCUGCAUGAGGUGUCGUGUAAGACUCUGGAGGGUUUUGAUGGUCUGAAGAUGCUGCUCUACCAUGUGGCUCUUUCCAUGAAGGACAGCAGCAGCAGCUCAGGCUGUGGGAGCAAGCUGCUGGCCAGACUGAUUCCCAGGAGCUAUUUGAUCCUACAGGAGGCAGUGAUAGCAGAGAAGAAGAGAAGACAUGCUGAAGGAGAGGUCCAGUACAUGACUGAAGCUCAGUUACUCAGCAUCAUUGAACAGAACCCAGAGAGUGACAUCAGAGAUUAUGAGGACCUGCAAACUGCCAUCAGUUUCCUGAUUGAAACUGGAACCUUGCUGCACUUCCCUGACACCAGCCAUGGCCUGUGUACUCUGUACUUCCUGUGUCCUGUGUGGCUGUCAGACUGCUUAGAGAGGAUCGUGCAUCUGAACUCCUGUCGGCCUGUCCCCAGGAAUGGAGUGAUCAAAGUGGAAGACCUCAGGAAGCUGCUGGCUGGAACAGGGUUCACCCAGGAGACAGAGGAGCAGUACUUCCAGUUUCUGGCAAAGUUUGAGAUAGCUCUGCCUGUUGCCAAUGACAGAUACUUGCUGCCACAUCUCCUUCCUCCAAAGCCAGCCAUGGAUAUCCACAGCUUCCACCGGCACACCAACAACACGCUGCAGCGUCUCUUUAAGAUGAGCUUCGUUCCCGCUGGCUUCUGGGAGCGCUUCAUUGCCAGGAUGCUCAUCAGCCUCACAGAGAUGGACCUUCAGUCGUUUGAUUCAGCCAUAAACAGGAGCCUGAACCGCAGGAGUUCCCUGAUCUAUAGCUUCGCUGGCAGCCAGCAGAGGAACCGCUGCAGCACCUUCAGGGUCCGACGCAGCCAGACUAUCUACUGGAAGGAGGGGCUUCUGGUCACUUUUGAUGGAGGUUACCUCAGUGUGGAGUCGUCGGAUGUUAACUGGAAGAAGAUGAAGAGUGGAGGCAUAAAGAUCCUCUGUCAGUCAGACAUCAGAGACUUCUCUGCCAUGGCCUUCAUCACUGACCAUGUCAACUCUCUGAUGGAACAGUGGUUUCCUGCUUUGACAGGCACCCAGAGUGAUGGGAGUCUCCUCAUUGAGCAGUAUGUGCCCUGCUCCCUGUGUGCCCCGAGGGACCAGCAGCAGCAGCAGGAGCAGGCGGAGGACGGCAGAAGAAGAGAAGCUGAGGUUCAUUAUUUCAACAUGGAGGACUGUGUGCUGGCGGCUGUGGAACAGGAACACGUCGUCUGUCCUCAGCAUCCGGAGCAGCCGAUCCCUCUGCAGGAAUUGGUCCCAGAACUGUUCAUGACCGACUUCCCGGCACGGCUGUUUCUGGAGAAGGCUCAGCUGGAGCUGUGUGAGGAGGAACAGAACAUCCUUGGUCAGGGUGGCAGUGGGACCAUCAUCUACAGAGCCAGAUACAGAGACCAGCCGGUUGCUGUGAAGCUCUUCCACUUUAAGAGAUGUCGUCAGCUGUCAGCCACCAGCGAUACAGACACCAUGGUAAAGCACCUGCAGUUCGUUAAGGCGUGUUGCAGCUUCUCUGAGUUCCGUCAGGAGGCCAGCAUGUUGCAUUCUCUGCAGCAUCCCUGCAUCGUGGCUCUGGUGGGCAUCAGCAUUCAUCCCCUGUGCUUCGCGCUGCAGCUAGCGCCUCUGGGCAGCCUCAACACAGUGCUGGAGAAGAGGCACAAAGGCUCAGAGUACAUGCCUCUUGGUCACAUGUUAACCUUUAAGGUAGCGUAUCAGGUUGCAGCAGGACUGGCCUACCUCCACAGAAAGAACAUCAUCUUCUGUGACCUGAAGUCGGACAACAUUCUGGUGUGGUCCCUGGAGGUUCAGGAUCCCAUCAACGUUAAGCUGUCUGAUUAUGGAAUCUCUCGGCAAUCCUUCCAUGAGGGGGCGCUGGGAGUGGAGGGAACCCCAGGAUACCAGGCUCCCGAGGUCCGACCGGGCAUUGUAUACGACGAGAAGGUGGACAUGUUCUCCUAUGGAAUGGUUCUGUAUGAGCUGUUGUCUGGGCUGAGGCCGGCUCUGGGGAACCACCAGCUCCAGAUAGCCAGGAAGCUCUCCAGAGGCAUCCGGCCGGUGCUGGGCGGUCUGGAGCAGGUCCAGUUCUACAGCCUCCACACCCUGAUGACUGAGUGCUGGGACACCAAGCCUGAGAAGAGGCCAGUGGCACUGCGGUGUGUGAGACAGAUGGAGGAGCCCAGCUUCCCCUGCCUUAGGUAUCUGUUGUCCUGCGACAGCCAGUCACAGCUCUUCUUGUCCCAGCUGCAGGGAUGCAGUGCUGUCUUCUGGCACGGAGACAACGAGGACAGAAACUACAGUGUGGUGAAUGUGGAGAAGGGCCAGGUGGAUGUAAAGAGGAUGUGUUGUCCUGGCAACAGGAUCAGCUGCCAGAUAAAAAUGCAAAAUUCUCUAUGGAUAGCUACUGAGGAGCAGGAGGUGUUUGUCCACAGCCUGAAGGACAUGUGUCCCCUCAGUCAGCCUCAGAAACGCCUGUCCUGUCCAGCUGUGGUCACCUGUCUGUUCCACGUUCCAGCUGCAGAGCAAAGCCUGGCCAAGGUGUUUGCUGGGAUGUCUGACGGUUUGGUGGCUGUCUAUACCUUGGUGGACGACCUUCCUCUGGACGGAGAGAUGUACCUUUGUUCACACACCUUAAACAAGACCGUAUUUGGCUUGAAGGACUCUGACCCGAGGCAGAGGCCCUACCCCGUCCAGAGCAUGGCUCUGCUCAGCAGCGGCUCUCAGCUCUGGUUCUCUAACGGACCGGGCCUGCUGGUCAUUGACACCAGCAGUCUCCAGGCAGUGCGAAGGCUGGAACCGUACAAGGCUCCAUCGUCCGUAGUGAGCAUGACCACUAGCUUCAGUCUGUGUGGAGAGGAAGCCGUGUGGACGCUGGAUGACCAUAGCAACACGCUCAAGCUGUACUACGCCGCCUCAUAUGAGCUGUGUGCCACCUACUGCUGUGGAGACAGAAACCCCUUACGGGACGUGUUUGCCGUGCAGCGUCCUGCUGGGAUGGCCGCGGCGGCAGGUGAUGACAUCAACACUACGGACCAGAAUGGGAAGCUGGAAUGGUCUAACGGAGAUGUGACGCUGAUUUUUAGUGAGGAGGCAGGCACACAAAUCAUCCAGCACCAGGAUUCUGUGACAGACUACUGCUCCCUGUCGUCUACCUGCUCUCUGGAACCGCCACAGUCAAACUGUCUGAGCGCCACAGACUGCAGCUCACUUGAGAGAAGAAGCUGUUCACCGUUGGCCCAGAACCUACAGGCCCAACUGGAAUCCAUAACUACUAACCUAGACUGUGCAGGGGAAAUAAACUCUGUAGUCCCUGAACUGCAGGCCUUUAAUCUGCUGCCAGUGAAUGGGACGGUGUGGAUCCCCAGGCGUGGAGGUGAUUUGAUAAUCAUUGAAAUCCAGUCCUGUGGAAAUCAACUCAGGGGACGUGUCUCUGCUGUCCUCAGUCCACCAGGACUGUCCUCUCUGGGGACCCUGGAGGAGGCAGCGCUGGUGGCUAAGGACAUGGUUGUGUGUGGCUUCCAGCAGAAGGAAAACACGGAGUGGUGCCUGGUCGUCUGGAGGGCCUGGGGCAACCAGGAGCUGGACGUUUUCUACCAGUCCUGGGAGGAGCUGCACCGUUCUGAGAGCAGCAGCAGGAGGAGGAGAAUCCAUCCAAACUGAGAUGGUGGAGCUUCACAGGAACAUUCCGGUCCUCAAACACAGACUGAGCUCUGUCCUGCUGGGUGGGUGGAUCGCUCUAGGAACAAGAUCCAGGAUCCUCUUUGGACCUGAGCGCUGCCAGAUGCAGAUUCAUCUGGACCUGAGGCUGAGGACAGGAGCUGCUCCCUGUCCAGCUGCUGCUCUGUAAACGCAUCUGGAGGCCGACUGCAGCUCACUCCCAGAUAUUAGGCAGAAAUAAACAACGAAGUGCAGCAGCAGAAAAACAAGCUGUCAGACACUGCAGCAUCUCCAAACAUCCCGACACUCUCAUACAGUUUGAAUUAUUGACCAAAGGAGCCAGGAGUUAUUCAUUUACUAGAACUGCAUAAUGGAAAAUAUGCAGAUGCUCAACAUUGUUAUUGUAUGAAAUUAUGUUCAAUACAUUUUUUGUAAAUAAAAGUUCAGUGUUUUUCUCA